AUGAGUUCCGAGUCUUCUAACCCAAAGCCAACCUUUGGAUAUGAUCCCUACAAUGAUCCCUUCAAGUACCCAUGUAGCUGUGCUAUUCCACCUGUUCUAGAACACACGACGCCUCCUCCUCUAACUGACUACACUCCCUACCUUCCUGAUUGGAUGUAUCCAAAUGGCUCUGAAGAACAGCCUUUCGAAAUCACCGAGCAGGUACUUGAAGCAAUUGAGAGGAACAACAGAAUUGCCGAACAGCUGUCACCGGUUCUGAAAUACAUAGUAUGUUGGAAUACGAGAUUUGUGAAAUUACGGAAGGCUUAUCAUUUUCGAAACCCUACGCCCCGGUUUGAAGAUUAUGCGAAUGUGUUGGGAAUGCAAAUGCUCCCAGGAUAUUCAUGCACCACAUUUUCCCCAAAAUCUGCCAUAAGCAGUGGAAAAGCACCUGUGGUGAACGAAGCAGCCUAUGUCGAAGCGUAG